ACAACAACCUGUCACGUGUGUGCGCGGCUGCCUCCGCCCAGCAGGUGGCGGUGCGGGCAGCUCCCCACGAACACCAACGAAGAAGAAGAAGCUAAUCUGUGUAGUUAGCAAGUCGGCAAUAAAUAAACAGAAACACUAACACGGCAGGAUCAUGUCAGCUGAUACCAAGAUUGCGGAGCUGCUCACAGAGCUCCAUCAGCUCAUUAAACAGACCCAGGAGGAGAGAUCCCGCAGUGAACAUAACCUGCUCAACAUUCAGAAAACACACGAGAGGAUGCAGACGGAGAACAAAACGUCCCCAUACUACAGGACCAAGCUGAGAGGACUGUACACCACGGCCAAAGCUGAUGCUGAGGCGGAGUGCAGUAUUCUGCGUCAUGCGCUCGAUAAGAUAGCGGACAUCAAGUCUCUGUUGGAGGAGAGGAGAAUAGCUGCUAAGAUGGCGGGAGUUUACAGCGACAGUGACCCUCCCAGGAAGACGAUGAGGCGAGGCGUCCUGAUGACGCUCCUCCAGCAGUCGGCCAUGACGCUGCCUCUGUGGAUCGGAAAGCCGGGGGAGAGCCCUCCUCCUCUGUGUGGGGCGACUCCGGCCAGCAGCGACUACGUGGCCAAACAGGGCGACAAGGUGGCAGCGAGGGUGAAGGCGGUGGACGGAGACGAGCAGUGGAUCCUGGCGGAGGUGGUCAGCUACAACCACUCCACCAACAAAUAUGAAGUGGACGACAUCGACGAAGAAGGAAAAGAGAGACACACUCUGAGCAGGCGGCGGAUCAUCCCGUUGCCUCAGUGGAAGGCGAACCCAGAGACGGACCCUGAAGCUCUGUUCAGUAAAGACCAGCUGGUGCUGGCCCUCUACCCCCAAACCACCUGCUUCUAUCGGGCCCUCAUCCACACGCCACCACACAGGCCGCAGGAUGACUACUCGGUGCUGUUCGAGGACACGUCGUACGCUGAUGGUUACUCCCCGCCACUCAACGUGGCUCAGAGAUACGUGGUCGCCUGCAAAGAGAACAAGAAGAAGUGAGCGACGACCGGAAGGACAAACAUGGAGGAUUGAUUUUUGUAUGAAAACAUGUUCAGAAAUAUUUGUCAGAUCUGUUGUAUUUUGUAGAUUUGAUCAUGGAAGGUGAUAAUCAGGAAAACAUACCUGAACAGACUUUUUUUGUCAUAAAUGAGACUGUGUUUGUCAAAAUCAACAUCAAGACACAGAAAGAAGAAGUGAAAUAACCCACGAACACUUGAACGUCUCAUGGGGACAGAUGUUAGCUUUGUCCCAGAUUAUCACAGCGUUACAGCACAGAGUGACGAAUAAAGUCUUUAAAAACAUUGAGUGGACACCGAGGUACCUCUGAUGUUUGAGUGUACCGUUGAUGUCCCACAAUGCAUUGGACAAACAAAACAUUCAAGCUGCUCACAGCUGAAAAAGACUCAAACUAAUUAUGGAUGACGGGGAAACAGCUUCAGGGACUCCUCGAAAACAUCCCUAUAAAUAUGAGUACAUACUGUAAAUACUUUGUAUGUAGUGUUGAAAUGGGAGGCAGCAGGUGAGUGACAGGUCGACACAGAGGAGAGAAGCUGCUGAUUGGAUGGAAAGAAACAACUCAGAGUCUGAACAGUUUAUUUUUUACGUGUCAACUUUCUGAUUUUUGUGUGAAUCUUCAAAUGAAAAAAAUGUUUUCAUGCU